AUGGCUUCCAUUUCUGCUGCAUCUACUUCCCUGCCUCNCCAAAUGGCAGUUGCGGUUAAUAAGCAACUUCAAUGCUUCAGCCAUGGAAGACGAAGCAAUCUUUCUUUCACGCUUCGCCCCCGCUUGAGUGUUUCUUGCGCUGCAAAAGCUGAGACAGUGGACAAGGUGUGUGCAAUUGUCAAAAAGCAACUCUCACUUAAAGAGACCGACAAAGUUACGGCUGCGACUAAAUUUGUUGAACUUGGUGCUGAUUCUCUUGACACGGUGGAGAUUGUGAUGGGAUUAGAGGAAGCGUUUGGAAUUGAAAUGGCGGAGGAGAAAGCGCAGACAAUCACCACAGUUGAGCAAGCAGCAGAGCUCAUUGAGGAACUUUUGACUGAGAAGGCUUAG